AUGUCCGGCUACGAAGUGGAGCACAACAUCAAGGACGAACAAGCGAAACCGCCUUCUCGUCGACCAGAUCUCUCCACCUUCUUCUCGCAGCUCGAGCUCGUCGACACGUCCGACCCUUCCACGCACACCAACGCCCAUGCCUUGCCCCAGCCUGAGAACAUGGCGGCUGCUUUUCGCCUGCUUGCCAAUGCCUUUGAGAUGAUGCGCGGACGAUGGUCGGACGAGGCAGCUGACAACAACAUCAGCCGGGGUAGCACAGGUGGGGAGAGCGAUUUGCUGGCCAACAUGAUCGAGGUGCUACGGCAAAAUGCAGAUGAUCCGCCCGCAGAGCUGAAUGGUGUGCCAGACAGUUUCUUGGAUGAGUUGGAGCGGGUGCCCAAAAAGGCCCUCAAGCCAACAGAUGCCUGUCCCAUUUGUGUAAACCCGUUCCUUGAAGACGAAUAUCCGCUCGUAGUUCAGCUACCGUGCCACAAAGACCACCGCUUUGAUCUGGAUUGCAUAGGACCAUGGCUGAAGCUGAACUCGACGUGUCCUCUGGACCGCAAGGAGUUACUUAGCAAAAAGAAACAGCCGCCACCCCCUGCAGACGACGACGGAGAGGACUACGACGACAUGUACGCCUAG